AUGCCCUUGACAACUUUUGGAGCAAGAAGACUAACAGUAUUUAAGGUAAUUGGUGGUUGCGUCUGGCAUGGUAUCAAAGGAUUUCGUAAUUCCCCUAUUGGAGAACGUGGUUCGGGAGCCGUCUUGGCGAUUAAGGCCAGAGCACCAGUCGUGGGUGGAAACUUCGGUGUUUGGGGUGGUCUUCUGUCUUUCUACGACUGUGGAAUCAAGCACAUCAGAAAGAGAGAGGACCCCUGGAAUGCCAUCAUUGCAGGGUUUUUCACGGGUGGAAGUAUAGCAAUUAGAGGUGGCUGGAAACACACCAGAAACUCCGCUAUCACCUGUGCGUGUGUUCUUGGUGUCUUCGAGGGUGUCGGUAUGAUGUUCCAAAGGUGGAUCGCCACACAAAACAAGCCUAUGGCCAUACCCGAGGGAGCUGAGAUGCCUUCGCCCCCUCUUGCUGCUUGA